CUGCGGCUCCGCCGGAAGUGCCCGCCCGCCCGCUCGCUUGCUCGCCCGGGGCGUCCUCGGCGGAGACCGCGCGGCUGAGCGGACCGAGCGCCUCGCUGCCCUGCAGGUUCUCAGCCCUGGUUCCAAGAUGAUGGGAUUGGGAAAUGGGCGUCGGAGCAUGAAGUCUCCACCCCUUAUCCUGGCUGCCCUGGUGGCCUGUGUCAUCGUCCUCGGCUUCAACUACUGGAUUGCCAGCUCCAGAAGCGUGGAACUCCAGACACGCAUCGUAGAGCUGGAAGGCCGGGUCCGCAGGGCGGCCGCAGAGCGAGGUGCCGUAGAGCUGAAGAAGAACGAGUUUCAGGGUGAACUGCAGAAGCAGCGAGAGCAACUUGACAGGAUCCAGUCCAGCCACAGCUUCCAGCUGGAGAAUGUCAACAAGUUACACCAGGACGAGAAGGCGGUUUUAGUGAAUAAUAUCACCACAGGCGAGAAGCUCAUUAGAGACCUUCAAGACCAGUUGAAGGCACUGCAGAAGAGUUAUGGCAGGCUGCAGCAGGACAUCUUCCAGUUCCAGAAGAACCAGACCAGCCUGGAGAAGAAGUUCUCCUAUGACCUGAGCCAGUGUAUCAGCCAGAUGAAGGAGGUGAAGGAACAGUGUGAAGAACGGAUAGAAGAGGUUGUCAGAAAGCGAAAUGAGGCAUUAGUUUCCAGAGAUGCGGCUGAAAGAGAUGACCAACGACAGCAGGCCCUCAAGCCUCAGCCCAAGCUGCAGGAAACAGUCCUGCCAAAGGAGCAGACGCCACAAGAGGAAGGGGAUGUACCCAGAAACAAGUCCCAAGUACCAGCCCCCAGUUCAGAGGUGUGGGGCUUGAAGCCACACGUGCAGAAGGAGGAAACCAAUGAGAUUCAGGUUGCCAGUGAGGUGCAUGGUCUGCGACCGAUGAAAGCCUCCGUCCAAGAGCAGGCGGCAGUGGAUGGCACACGUGUGGGAGCCGAGAAACUUGAUCAGAACAUACAGGUGCCAGGGGCCCAGUUAGCCAGGCCUGUGGAGGAUUCUCAGUUCCCUGAGCGGGACCAGCUUGUCAUCCGUGGUGGACAGGAGCCACAGCGUGACCAGCUUGUCCGUGGCGGACAGGAGCCGCAGCGUGCUGCAGAGGAAGGGGGAGACCAGCAGAAUCUAGGCGAUGACUACAACCUGAAUGAGAAUGAAGCAGAGCCCGAGCGGGAGAAGCAGGCGGCCCUGGCAGGGGAUGACAGGAAUCUAAGUGUUCUUAAUGCUGAAGCUCAGAAGAGAGGCAUAAUAGAUUUACCUGAUGGGGGUGAAAAGCGGAGUCACAUUCUAAAUGAAGUAGGAGUUCAUGCUCCUCAGCAAGCCUGAAGAGAGGUCUAUGGAGAUUCACCAGUAACACAACUGUGAAACGUACCAAGUAAAACGGACAUCGACCAAUCACUGCUGUGGGGUUUAAUCAGUACAUUUUAGCAAAGAAAAAUAAUGGCACCAUCUCAGUCAGUUUGGGAGUACUUUCAAAGUGUCUACAGAAGGUGUCAAAGUUGGUCAAGCUUUCUUGAUUAACGGGUAUUUCUUGAGCCAGGUCAACACCAAAAAGAGAAAUGAUGUUGUCCUAUGUAGGUGGCAGUGUAGACAGUAGGCUGAGUGCAGUGCUCGUCCGUUUCUGUCCAUGGUACUGAGCAGCUCAACACUGCUGCACACAGACUCCCCCAUCAAUGGCCUGGAGAGCUCACUGUCAACACAGACGCCACAGUCAGUGUUCACAGGCCCUAAGCACAAAGCUGUUCUGUGCAAAAAAAAAAAAAAAAAAAAAUAAAUCCAGUAAUUAGAAGGUGACUACUACUCCUGGUUCACUUCAGGAUUCAGAAGGCUGAGGCAGGAAGGCUGCUGCAAGUUCUGAGCCAGCUUAGAGCUAUACAUUGAGUCCACUUCCACGCUUGAUGAGCAAGAAAGUCCCUGUCUCAAAUGUCAGUGAGAGUUGUUGUUUAAAACGACUGGUUAAAAUAAGCUUCAUUAUUCUUCUGACGUACAGAACACUAUUAAGUUACUCCAGUGUGAGCACCUGUGGUCUGUUUUUGUUUGACUGGGCAAAGAGUUUCUAGUAAGUCAUUCAUCUCACUAAGGGCAGCGCCUUCAUUAGGCUGCUUGCGCAGUCAGAGCAGAGGCCCAGACACCUAUGUCUACACAGGUGUCCAAGAAGAAGGGCUGACUGCUGAAGGACGCCCAGAUUUCAAGCUGGACACCUACAAAAGCAAGAGCAACACGGGCGCUGUUCCCCCUAUAGUUUAUACAGCGUUUGAAAGCCACACAAGGUUAGUGUUAGGUUUGAAAGGCUUGUAGUUCAUUGAUGGUGGGCCAGUGCACAGGGCUGGGCUGACCCAGAAGUCUGGUUAGACUAGGGCCUGCCAGGGUGGCCUUUAGGCGCUGUCCUAUCCCCACUAUGCCUCUCUUUACAAGCACACACUUAAACCCCCGUGGCAGGCGUGGGUUGGGUUGUGUCUUAUUGCAAAGCCAAGCAGAUCUAGUGUCCAUUCCACCCAGACCUCAUGUAUAACCCCAUGUUCAGAUGGGUACUGUCCAAUGCCACACAUCAUUUUUCUUCCUUACACUUACUAACGUGCCAGAGCCUCAGACAUAGUGUUCGUACCAUACACCUUUCCCACUCCUAGGUCCAAGCUCAAGAUUUUGUGCUUUCUAGUGCUUGUUUUCUGCCUUAAUUUCACUCUUGUUUAAAGUGUAGAUACUGCUAAGCUGUGCUGAUUUCCUUUUUAACAAGUCAAAUAGGUAAGGACCACACUCUGCCUUCUGGGUUCUAAAACUCCAGUCUGCCUAACAGCCAUGCUUGACAGCUGAGCAGACCACCCUGGUGCUGGCCAGGAGUAAGCAACGCCUGCCUUCACUCGCAUCUUCAACGAGCAGAGUCCGGCAUGCUUCAUGCUUCAGAGUAUUUCUGGGGAGUGGAAGCUGUCAGGGGGCUGGGCAAGGCAUAGCUCCGUGAGAGCUUCUGCCUGUGUGUGAGGGAGGCCCCAGGCUGCGCCCUCACCACCAAACAGUGUCACACUAGAGUUAGGCCACUGAAACCUUAGGACCAUUCUUGCUGUAAGCCAAAUGAACUACCACUAGGCUUAGGCCAAACCACAAAGCCAGACUGAAUUUUAGGGUAGCUUACUCUGCUGGAAGCACUGCCCCUUUAAAAUAUAAAAAGGGAAACCCCACAGGCUGGUGGACCAAGAACAGAUCUCAAUGGGAACAAAGGGACACACCAUGGUCAAAUGAGACCCAAAGCCAGCGGCCUGCACACUCCUGCAUGCUGGCUGACACUAGUAGCGGACACUGCAGUGUGACGGGGUUUCUCAUCAACUGCACAAAUGACUACAGACCCUAACAACUGUGUCACAACAGUCACAAUCCUCACGCACUUUAGAGAUCCUCUUGCCUCAAAAUCAACUUGUAAUUUGACCAGAAUCUAAAUCUUUAAAUAAACCUCAUGUUUUGAAA